GCCCCGCCGGCCUCGGCGCUCAAGAGCCGGCGGGCGGCGUCCAUGGAGCCCCUGCAGACGCCGUGCGCCCACGGCCGGCUGGGCUGGGACGUGGGCCCCAUCGCCGAAGAGCCCCGGUCUACCGGGAGCCGCCAAGCAGCGGCCACCGCUGCGGCCGGGGCGGGCGCCGCGGUGCGGUCGAGGUCGAUCCCCGCGAAGCCGGAGCAGCUCCAGGAGAAGGCGCCGAAGAAGAAGGGCCACAAGUGGUCCGCGAUGGACAACGCCUUCGAGUUGGUGAGGGCCAAGACCGGGCCCGGCG